ACGCAGAUUAGAAGGGAUACAGUGAUUCACUUCAUAGAACCUACAAACAUCUCUCUCUCUCACGCCCAUGUCCCAUUUCUAGAGCUUUAGGGCUUUUGUUGAUCCUUCGUUUAACAGGCUACCCCGGUUCAACCAUGGCUGACUGGCAACAGCUCGUCCAGUCUAUAGUCCUAGGCCUACUUUUCUCUUUCCUCGUUGCCAAGCUCAUUUCCGUUGUCCUCUCUUUCAAAGAGGACAACUUCUCUCCCUCCCGCUCCGCCCCAAGACCGGGGAUACCCGAAGGCCCGGCAAACGAUGCCGACUCCUUGAUUGCAGAACAGGGCAGCAUCAGAAACGAUAGUGUGCCCGCUAGCGAUGCUGAAGACGAUGAUGAAGACGAUUGGGAGCGAGUGGAGAGUACGGAGCUGGACGAGGCCUUCAGCGCGGCUACUGCGUUCGUUGCGGCGGCUGCGGCCGAUCGGCUCUCGGAAAAGGUUUCGAACGACGUGCAGUUGAGUCUUUAUGGUUUGUACAAGAUUGCCACCGAGGGCCCUUGUAGCACGCCACAGCCUUCUGCUUUGAAAAUCACGGCGCGGGCCAAGUGGCAAGCAUGGCAGAAAUUGGGUGCUAUGCCUCCAGAAGAAGCUAUGCUGAAGUACAUUGAUCUUGUUACGGAGCUAUAUCCUUCUUGGUUGGCUGGUUCAACUCUGAAGAGUAAAGGCAGAGAAGGUGAUGCACCAAGUAUGGAUGCUAAAGGACCAAUGGGACCGGUUUUCAGCACUUUUGUCUAUGAGGAAGAAUCUGGAAACGAGUCGAAAAUGGAUGCUAUUCAUGCCUUUGCCAGGGAAGGAGAGGUGGAUAAUUUGCUCAAGUGUAUUGAAGGCGGCAUUUCAGUAAAUCUGAGAGAUGGCGAGGGUCGGACCCCAUUACACUGGGCUGUAGAUCGUGGCCACCUUAACAUCACUGAAUUGCUUGUUAAAAGUAAUGCUGAUGUAGAUGCAAAGGACGAUGAUGGCCAAACCCCAUUGCAUUAUGCUGUCACGUGUGAGAGAGAAGGCAUUGUCAAAUAUCUUUUGGAGCAAAAUGCAGAAACAAAUUUAAAGGACAAUGAUGGCAACACCCCUGCUGAUCUCUGUGAGGCAAACUGGCCUUGGAUGAAAUCUGCAGGGAAGCAGAUUGACUGAGAGCUUAUUAGUUUUGCUGCUAUAAGGUCUUUUCCUUAUUGUUGGCCAACUUCUAGUGGAUGUAUAUGGUUAUAUAUAACACUUUAAAAACUUAGUUAUACUUGUCAGAUGAAUUAGCACUCAGAUUAGUUUUACAGCCUCUCC